AUGGCUCCAGUAAGAUCAACGGCGCUUGCGCGCGAUACAAAUGAGACUAGUAUUCAACUGGCAAUCAACCUCGAUGGAGGAGAGUUCCCAGCGGAUACUGAUAAGAAAUUGCUCAGUGGUGAAGAGGGACAUGCUUCCCAGGUAUCAAAGUCACAACACAUUGCUAUCCAUACUGGAAUUGGAUUUUUGGAUCAUAUGUUGCAUGCUUUGGCAAAGCAUGCUGGUUGGAGUUUAGCGAUCAAUUGCAAAGGAGAUCUACACAUCGAUGACCACCAUACCGCUGAAGAUGUCUGUAUCGCACUCGGCACAUCAUUUGCAAAAGCUCUUGGAACCCCUGUAGGCAUUGCACGUUUUGGAUCCGCAUACUGCCCCCUCGAUGAAGCACUUUCGCGAGCGGUUGUCGAUAUUUCAAACCGCCCAUUUAGUGUGAUAGAUUUGGGACUCAAAAGAGAGAAGAUUGGAGAUUUGAGUUGUGAAAUGAUCCCACAUUGUCUGCAGAGUUUUGCACAGGGCGCAAGAAUCACAUUACAUGUGGAUUGUUUGAGGGGUGAUAACGAUCACCACAGAGCGGAGAGUGCGUUCAAGGCAUUGGCUGUGGCAGUUAGACAGGCUACUUCGAUAGUAGCGGGUAGAGAGGGUGAGGUUCCAAGUACAAAGGGUACUUUGAGCACUUGAGGGGAAAUUGUAAUGAUAUCAAAAGAAAUAUUUGGUGUGGGAUUUUGACUUGUCAUGAAUGGACAUACUGGACUCAGAUAUUGAAUGGCUGCAGGAAUGGCUGCAGGAAUGGCUAGGAGAUUCCAAGUUAACAAGGAGGGUUAAAAAAAUAUACCAAGCCAUUUAUAGAUAAGGAUCUAGCAUUAGAAGAAGAUCAUAUAUAUGUAUAUUUGUAUUUCGUAUACUCAGCACCUGCAUUUCUAAUUCACCUCCAG